ACGUAUGUAGUCUAUACUACGGGCCUGCCUCGCCUCUGGUUGCACGCGCCGUGCAUGGACAGGCUCGGGACUAUCGGUGCUCAUGCAGUCAGCUGAGCCCGAGCCAUCUGCACCGGGUGCGUUUCGGUAUAACGCUAUUGUUAGAUUGGUCGGUAGGUCGGUUGUAGUUGGCUUGUAAUGGAGCAUGCUGCACGAGCUUUCGCCUCGGUUUUCGGUAGGCCUACUAGUCAACUACUGAACAAAAGCGCGCAAGGCGAUACGGUGGGAUAUGAUGUGAUGUGAUGCCGCGCAGGAUCACGGUGACAGUAGCGGAGGAACGGGAAUGCGCGCGACUACGGACGAGAAUCGCUGCGAGGAUACAGAAGAGAACAUGGGGACGGGGCCGCGCGAUGACUGACUGACUUUCUCCCGGUAACGACCAUCUGCAUACCGAGGGGUUCAAAAAAGGGGAAAAAAGAACCGACCAGCCUCUCGUUGAAGGCGUGGAGGAUCUAUCGGAGAGGAUGAAUCCCGGGGACCCUGCCCAAACCGGACCCGGUGAAGCCGGUCAGGACGGGUUGGCCAAAGCAGGGGGUGCGCAGGGGGAGGGGGUGAGAGCGGUGGAUGUGCUGACAGUUCUGAGGGAAAAAGUGGCCUUUGUUUCAGGGGGGAGGGACAAGAGAGGCGGGCCCAUCCUCACCUUCCCAGCGCGGACCAAUCAUGACCGAGUGAAACAGGAGGAUCUAAGCAGACUGGUCACCUAUCUGUCCACCAUACCCAGUGAUGACGUGUGUGCCAGGGGCUUCACGGUGGUCGUAGACAUGCGUGGUUCUAAGUGGGAGAGCGUCAAGCCGUUGCUACGGACACUCCAGGAGGGGUUCUCCGCCCACAUUCACACGGCCCUCAUCAUCAAACCAGACACCUUCUGGCAGAAACACAAGACCAAUCUGGGCAGCGCCAAACUCACCUUUGAGACCAGUCUAGUGUCGGUGGAGGGCCUGUCCAAGCUGGUGGACCAGUCCCAGCUGACCUCUGACCUGUGCGGUUCUCUGGAGUAUGACCAUGUGGAGUGGACAGAGCUACGGCUGGGCCUGGAAGAGUUCUCAGGGGCUGCUGGGCAACUGCUGGCCCAGCUAGAGCAGCUGGAGGCUGGGCUGACCCGCGUAAGCGAGCCCCAGGGCGUGGAUGAGGCCCGCAAGCUGCUAGAGGAGCAUGGCCGACUACGUACCACCGUUGCCACGGCUCCCAUCGAUGCCAUCGACCGUGAGGCGGACUUGCUCCAGCGCAUGCGGCUUGGCCCCGCCCACAGCGGUGAAGCCCCUAGCGACGUGCCCAGCAGUAACCAAGGUUACGGAAGCUGGUUGUCGGGCGGGGCUGAUUUCCAGAGUGUAGCUCCGAAGGUGGCCGCCCUGCUGGAGAGGCUGCAGACUGCCAGGACACACCUGCAGCAGAGCUGGACCGAACGGAAAGCACACCUAGACCAGACCUUACAGCUGCAUCUAUACGAACAGGACGCUGCCAAGAUGUCCGAGUGGAUAGCCCACAGUAAGGAUCUGUUCCUGCAGAGUCAGACAGAGGUUGGCCUCAACCACCAGCAUGCCCUGGAACUCCAGACCCAGCACCAGCACUUCACCAUCAACUCUAUGAACGGGAGUGUGAACGUGGACGGGGUGGUCUCCGUGGCGAUGCAGCUGUGUGAGGGGUGUCACUACGGAGCGGAGCGGAUCGCGUGUGUCUCGUCACGGCUACAGGAGGACUGGAAAGGCACGUCAGUGCUGGAGGAACGCAGCAACACACUGGUCAUGUCCACCGACUUCCACCAGGGGGCAGAACAGUUCCUGGGGCGUGUGGAGGGCUGGUGUGAGGCGUGUGCUGACGACUCGUUGCCGGCUGAGAUGGCGGAGCUGGAGGCGUCCAUACAACAACACCAGACGCUCUGCGAAGAGAUAACAUCAGCCUACACACAGGUCAGUGAGAGUGGUAAAGCCCUAUUGGAAGUGCUUCAGCGUCCGGCAGAGCCUGACGAGUCUGGGUUACCAGCGGUAACCACUGACUUCACAGCCGCAACGCACGGCAUCAUGGGAGUUCUGCAUGAGGUCAUGCAGGGUCACCAGCAUGUUGAAGGGGCGUGGCAACACCGCAAGCUCCGCCUACACCAGCGUCUGCAGCUGUGUGUGUUCCAGCAGGACGUACGGCAGGUUCUGGACUGGGUGGAGCAGCAUGGAGAGGUGUUUCAAAAGCACACCGGUGUGGGGAAGAGCCUCCACCCUGAGCACGAGUCACUCAAACCCUCCACCCUGGUGGCCCAGAACACCUAUACCAAUGCUGAGAAGCUGCUGGAGGCGGCAGGCCAGCUGGCCCAGUCAGGGGAGUGUGAGGAGGGGGAGAUCUACUCUGCUGCUGGGGACCUGGAGCUCCGCAUGCAGGCCUUCAUACAGAGAGUAGAGCAGAGGAAGCUACUGCUGGACCUUGCUGUCUCCUUUUACACACACACCAAAGAGCUGUCAGUGUGGAUGGAGGGUCUCCAGAGGCAGAUGGCGGGGGAGGUGUGUGUGUGUCCUGACUCAGUGGAGGCUCUACAGGCUCUUAUCAGCCAGCAGCAGCAGCAACAAGCCAACACACAGGACGCCUCGCUCUCUGUCAUCAGGGAGGGAGAGGACCUCAUUCUACAGCUCAGGCCCCAGGGCAGUUCAGUGGGCCAUGUGGAGUCAGUGCUGCAGUCGUUGGAGGAGGCCCAGGUCCAGCUGGAGGAGCUGUUCCACCAGAGGAAGAUCAGGCUGGACGUCUAUCUGCAGCUACGCAUACUACAGCAGUGUUCUCUGGAGGUGUCAGGGGAGAUGGAGGCAUGGAAGCAGGACCUCCAGAAGCAGGCCCAGGACAUCACCACAGAAAAGCUAACGCUAGCACAACCGCGGCUACAGCGCAUUCACAGACACAUGGAACGACGGCUAGCCAUGAACAACAUGACCUAUGAGGUCGUACAGCAGGGUCACGACCUUCAGCAAUACAUCACCGAAGUACAGUCCUCAGGUAUUCAGCUGACGGCUGAGGGGGAGACUGAUCUGUCCUCUCAGGUGGAGGGGCUCCAUCAGCUUCUACAGGACAAGCAGAAGGAGCUGCACCAGAUAGUCGAACACACACACACACACCUGGAGCAGGGCUUGCAGCUACGCCACCUACAGAGUCAGGUCAACCAGGUGCUGGGCUGGAUCAGUGAAGGAGAGGUGAUGUUGUCUUCCUGUAUGGUGAACUCCAGCUCUCUGUCUGAGGCUGAACAGCUACAGAGAGAACAUGAGCGCCUCCAACAGGCCAUAGAGAGGACCCACCAGGUGGCGCUGGCGCUGCAGCAGCGGGCAGAGCUGCUGGUGAGGGCGGGCCACUACGACCCAGAGGCAGUGAGGGCGUGUGCCCAGACGGUGGCGCUACACUGGCAGACCCUGAUGCUGCGGAUGGAGGACCGCCUCAAACUGGUCAACGCCUCCGCAGCCUUCUACCGGACCUCACAACAGGUAUGUGGUGUGUUGGAGAGCCUGGAACAGGAGUAUCGUAGGGACGAAGACUGGUGUGGUGGCGGAGAGAGGCAGGGGAGCAGGGGCCAGCCGGAGCACCUCAUUCCCCUCAUCAACAAACACAUGGAACAAAAAGAAGCCUUCCUCAAGGCAUGCACCCUGGCCAGACGCAACGCAGAGGUCUUCCUCAAGUACAUCCACCGCAACAGCGUUACCAUGGCAACCAUCUCCGGGCACAGUGCAGGCGCAGAGGUCACUGGUCACUCCCGUGUGCCUGAACAGCAGGUCAAAGGUAUCCUCAGUGAGCUCAUGCAGAGGGAGAACAGGGUUCUACAUUUCUGGACUCUGAAGAAGCGUUGUCUGGACCAGUAUGACCAGUGUCAACAGUACCUGCUGUUCCAGAGCCACACCCAACAGGCGUUGGAUUGGCUGCAACAGAGUGGUGAGCACUACCUGUCCACUCACACAUCGCCAGGGGCAACCAGUGCAGAGACCCAGGACCUGCUGGCUCAACACAGGGAAUUCUGCAUCUCGGCUAAGCACACUCAGGAGAAGGUGCACCUGCUGAUUCAGCUGGCAGAGAGCAUGCUGGGUAAGGGCCACUCCCACAGGGUGGAGCUACGGAGGUGUGUGUCGACGGUGGACAAGCGUUACCGAGAGUUCUCCAUGCGCAUGGGCCAGUACCGGAACACACUGGAGACUGCACUGGGAGGCUGCACUCAGGACAAUAAGGACCUGGAGCUGGAGCUCAUCCCCAACAGCCUCUCUGACUCUGACCCCGAAGUGAACCUGAACGACCCUAACCACGAGGUCAGCGACGAGAAGAGGAGGACGGCCAGGAAGAAAGAGUAUAUCAUGUCAGAGCUUCUCCAGACAGAGAGGGUGUAUGUGAAGGAUCUGCAGGAGUGUAUUGAUACCUACCUGUGGGAGAUGACCAGUGGCUCUGAAGAGAUCCCCACCAGGAUCGCCAACAAGGAUGACGUUGUCUUUGGGAACAUCCAGGACAUUUAUGAGUUCCAUAACAGUAUUUUCCUGAAGGAGCUGGAGAACUACGAACAGCUACCUGAGGAUGUGGGUCACUGCUUUGUCACCUGGGCAGAUAAGUUCCACAUGUAUGUGACGUAUUGUAGAAAUAAACCAGAUUCCAGCCUUCUGAUCCAGCAACAUGGGGCAGGCUUCUUUCAGGAGGUCCAGAGGAGACAUGGUCUUGCUAACUCCAUCUCCUCAGCGCUCAUCAAGCCGGUUCAGCGCAUCACCAAGUACCAGCUCCUUCUCAAGGAGUUGUUGGCGUGUUGUGAGGAGGGAAAAGGCGAGAUCAAGGAGGGUCUGGAUGUCAUGCUGAGUGUUCCAAAGCGAGCCAACGAUGCCAUGCAUGUUAGCAUGCUAGAGGGUCUGGAGGAGGGCUUGGAGGUGCAGGGAGAACUGCUCCUGCAGGAUACCUUCCAGGUGUGGGAUCCUAAAUCCCUUAUCAGGAAAGGCCGGGAACGCCACCUAUUCCUGUUCGAGCUCUCGCUGGUCUUCAGUAAAGAGAUAAAGGACUCCUCCGGACGUAUCAAGUACCUCUACAAGAGCAGGCUGAGGACAUCAGAGUUGGGGGUGACAGAGCAUAUUGAAGGGGACCCCUGUAAGUUUGCUUUGUGGGUGGGCCGUACCCCCACCUCGGACAACAAGACCGUCCUCAAGGCCUCAUCUCUGGAGCUGAAGCAGGAGUGGGUACGUAGCGUGCGUCAGGUGAUCCAGGAGAGACGUGGCCAUCUGAGAGGAGCGUUGAGGGAGCCCAUCCCCCUCCCCAAGACCCCCGCCCCCACCCUGGUCCGCACACGCAGCAUCAACAGGAGAGACACCAAUGAGGAUGCAGACAGCCUGGGAGAUGCCAGCAGCCAGCCAGACACCGUCUCCAUUGCCUCCCGCACCUCUCAGAACACCGCAGACAGCGACAAGCUGUCCGGUGGCUGUGAGUUGACCGUGGUCCUGUUGGACUUCUCGGCGGGCGGGGCUGAGGAGCUGAGUGUUCGUUGCGGUCAGACCGUGGAGCUAGUGGAGCGGUCCAGUGAGCGAUCGGGCUGGUGUCUGGUCAGGACCACAGACCUCACCCCCCCACAGGAGGGCCUGGUACCCAUGACUGCCCUCUGCCUUUCCCACUCCCACAGCGCUGACAUGGACGGCUUGAUGCCUGCCACCACCGCUGGGAAAGACCGCAGUCGUUUCUCUGAGGACAAGCGGGCUGUGGAGGACAAGAACAUUGGACCACUCAUCAAAACAAUCAUGACCCGCUGCAUCCAGUGCACAUGCAUCCGGUGA